UUUCCAUUUCUCCAUAGGGAACACGAUGAUGGCUCAUCAAGCUCUAUUGAAUUUCCGAAUCCCCAAAACUCUUAUCCACUCUCACUCCGUCCAUAGCUUCAAGACACCGAAACUAAACCCGCAUCAAUGCUUCUUCUUACGUUGCGAAGCUUCUUCUUCUUCCGACGGAAGCAAAACCUUAAGAACUUGCAAAAACUGCAAAAGCCAAUUUGAUCCUCUCCUCAAUCACCCACGCGCUUGUAGAUUCCACACUUCUCAUUUCGCUGGGGAGACGAAGAGGAAAUUUGAGAGUGUAUACACUGGUGGAACAAUGGAUACACCAAAUUCUGGGAAAGUGUUACAGUAUUGGCAUUGUUGUGGAUCUGAAGAUCCUUUUGAUUCUGGUUGUACUGCAUCUCCUCAUGCAACAUAUGAUGAUGAUUGAUACAAAAGUUUCUUUAUUAAUGAAAUUGACAUGAAGAAGAAGAAGAAGAAGAAGGAGAAAGGAAAAGGAUAUGGUGGAAAGUUACCUUUUUUAUGUAUUCGUUUCUUGCACAGAAUCAGAAUCUUUUUGUAUCCAUUGUUCAAAACAACCUUUUUUGGGAUAUGAUUCUUGUUUUGUUUUGUCCUCCCAACUUGUAACUUUGCUUCUCAAGUUUUCUGUUUAGUUUGCUUGAUUGUUAUGUCUCUUCUUUUUUACUUAAUGUUCAUUGAUUUUUCUGACAUUUGGUUUCAAUCAUUGUUGGUAAGAAUUAGGAUGGGAGAUCAUUUAGAGUUGGUGGUUGAUCGAUUAACAAGCGAUUCUGGUCUUGGGGCGGUAGACAGAGCAGAGCUUAAAAGUGACUUGGUUAACAAAGAUGGUACAUCUGAAUCUGUAUCUGCAGGAGCUGAUUUAUGUGAGAGUAAAUUCGAACAAUGUAGGAUUUGUCAUGACGAAGAUGAAGAUUCUAACAUGGAUUCGCCUUGUUCUUGCUCUGGAACAUUGAAGUUUGCACAUCAUAAUUGCGUCCAGAGAUGGUGCAAUGAGAAAGGUGAUACUGUAUGUGAAAUAUGUCGUCAGCAAUAUAAACCUGGUUACACAGCUCCUCGGCAACUGUUUCACUACACAGACUUAUCUAUGAACUUCAGGAACGAUUGGGGAAUCGAGGGACUAGAUCUUCGUAAUCCUUAUUUUAUAACCUGGGAUGUAGCUGGUGAUCAUGAGCUUUACUCAUUUCAUAGUCCCACAAGCUUGAUAUGUUGCCGCAUAAUUGCCUUGCUAGUUUGUUUCUUUCUCUGUCAUUGAGAACAUAUGGAUCCAAAGUUCUGUUCGAUCACACACUAAUUUUUUCAUCUUCAUGGUUCAGUUUGUCCUUCUGCUCUUCUUGCGCCAUUCUCUUCCAGUUUUACUAGGUGGAGUCGGUGAUUUCUCGUUAACCAUGCUCAUG